UCUAUAAAAGCCACUGACCAACGAAUGGCCAAAUUAGUUGGCCGAAAUUUUUCGGACGUCUCUUAACGUGCUACGUGAGUUGGGCAAAAUGUUGCCCCGAAAUAAAAAGAUUGGACUCCUUUUAAUAGGUUUAGUGUUCUGUUUGGUCAACAGUGAAAUUGCACCUACCUCCGCACUACAAUGUCAGCAUUGCGUUGGCGAAGACUGUGAUGAUCCAGCGUUGAAGGAUUGCACCAACGAGAAUGAUCAGUGCUACAUACGUCUCGAUGAAAGCUUUAACUUUAUUGGCAUGGGCUGUGCCUCGACACUGGGGGAUGAGACUGAAAUUGCUAAUUUAAUAAGAAAUAAAGAACUCUAUGUGUGUUCGGCAGAGAAUUGUAAUGAUUUCGAAAAUUUGCCACAAAUAAAUGAAUGUACCGUUUGCGAUUCGGCGAUGGAUGUGAAAUGUGCCAUACAGCCUACAAAUGCCGGUUCAUCGAAACGCUGCGGUGCUGUGCCAUAUACACAGUGCUAUGAACGUGUCAAUAUCACCAACGGUGGUACGACAGAGCGUGGUUGCAUCGCUGAACUGGAUGGUGAUGAUUUCUACAAUUGCCUCAGUGGAGUGGAUGAGAAUUGUAAAGUUUGCACAGGAGGUGGUUGCAAUACAGGGCUCGUCCCCGCCGACCGUCAACAAUGCCAACGUUGUGACUCCGAAACGGACAGCAAGUGCAGUAGCUUGCCAUCGGCGCUCUCCACAUGCCCCACAUAUAGCAAAAACGAUAAAUGCGUCUCGGUCUACGAGUCGGGUGUGACCCGCCGUGGCUGCGCCAGCGAAUUCACUUGCGAUGAAACUGCCAAAAAUUGUGAAAUCUGCAGUGGUAAAGGCUGCAAUAAGGCAAAUCUGAAGAAACGUUCCGAGGAAUUGUACGGUAUUUUCCAAGACUUGCCACUGAAUUGCUACACCUGCGUGGGUGAAGAUUGUGAGACGAGCAAAGGCAAAUUACGCAAAUGUGAGGGUGACUUGCAUCAGGAUUGUUUAACGGUCUUCAAUGCCGCUGGCAAAGUAUUGGCACGCGGCUGUGAGGCAAGCAUUACUGCUGAGCACCAAUCACAUUGCGACUCAAACCCUGCGCUGUGUUUCAAUUGUAAAUCGAACGGUUGCAACAACAAUACCGAAGUGAAAACGAAACAACAAUGUUUAUAUUGCUCUACAGCCGACAAUGCCGACUGCGCAACAAAUGUGAACGCGAUCACAAGCACACGCGCAUGCGUCGAAGGCUGUGUGACGGCGUUGUAUGAGCGCAAAACCAAACCGAAUGUCUACGAUUUGGCGCGCACCUGCUUCGAGGAUGUCGAAUUCGAUGAUCGCGAGACAUGCAACGCGGCGAAUAACUGUGUGAAAUGUACCGGCGAGAAAUGUAAUACGGCGCUGGUACCGGCUGAAGGACGUCUCUCUUGUUUGCACUGCAAUGGUGAUGAUUGCGAUAGUCCUGUGUCGGGUGUUUGCAGCACCUACUCGACGAGUGAUCAGUGUUAUAUUUUCUUUGAUCAUGUAACACAUCAGGCCGUGCGCAUGGGUUGCAAGAGCAGUGAGCCAGCUGGCGCGAUUUCCAAUGACGCGCUGCAUUAUUUCCUUUGUGAUGGCGAUGAUUGCAAUAAUUAUGACAAUUUACCGGAAGCCCAUAUAUGUUACGCUUGCGAUUCGUCAACGAAUGUGAAUUGUGCCAUCAAUCCCACAGCCAUUACAGCUCAAGUCAGAUGUCAAAUCAAUCCACACACCGACUGUUUUACGCGCAUCAAUGGAGCUGGUCACACUGUGCGCGGCUGUAUCAGCACACUGAAUAAUACAGAAUUCCUCAGUUGCCAUGAAGGCACACCCGGCGAGUACUGUCGCAUUUGUACACAAAGCGACUGCAAUAAAAGCGUCUUUCCCAGCAAUCGUCAACGCUGUUACCGUUGCAACUCCUACGACGAUCCCGAUUGCGCUACGAAACCCAGUGGUUACUCCGCAUGCCCGGUAUUUGACAACGAUGACGUUUGUGUGAGCAAAAUAAUCGAAGGCAUUGUGCAUCGCGGUUGUGGCACAGAGCUACAAUGUAGCGGCGGAAAGGACUCAAAGAGUUGUCGCACCUGUGAAGGUUCGGGUUGUAAUGAUCAUGUCUUCACGGAGUAUCCGAUUGGCAAGCCGGGUAUUUUCCAACAAUUACCCUUGAACUGUUACAAUUGCAAUGGCACGGAAGAGUGCGGCGGCAGUUUAGGAAAUGUGCGCAAAUGUGAGAAUUACAAAUAUCAAACAUGUACGUCGGUCUUUAAUGCAACUGAUGGGCAAUUAAUCGGACGCGGCUGUAGUGAUGACUGGCAGAAGACGUGUGACGAUGAUGAGCACACAUGUUACGAUUGCAAGUCGAACGGUUGUAAUGUGGCUAAGUCGACAGAUGACUAUAUCGAUUGUAUAUUUUGUGAUGCGCAAGUCGACGAGCGUUGUCUGACCGAUGUCGGUAAAAUACGACAACAUCGCGCCUGUUACAAGAGUUGUGUAACGGCAUUGUAUAAUCGCACCAAUAAUGUCACGCCUGUGCGUGAAUUAAUACGCACCUGUCUCGAUGAUAUGGAUUUGGAUGAUCGUGAAAUAUGCGCCGAUGGUAAAGACGAUAAUUGCAAGGCAUGCAAUGAUGAGUAUUGUAAUGAUGCCAAUGUUGGUGAACGCAUUUCAUGUUAUCAAUGUGUGGGCGAUGAAUGCCAAAACCCUACACCGAAAACUUGUCGUGCUGUGACCGAAGGCGAUCAAUGCUUCGUGGAAUAUGAUGAGACUAGAGCGAUCGUGGAAUUGGGUUGUAAGAGCAAAUACGAUCCGGCUGAAGUUAAGCAGCGUAUUAUAGCUAAACGUUUGUGGCUUUGUGAUGGCGAAAAUUGUAAUACUAUUGAUGCUACGCCACCAGAAAGACAAAUCUGUACCAUCUGCAAUUCGAUAACGGAUCCAAAUUGUGCGAUUGCGCCACAAAAUAUCCAAUCGCAAACUACGUGCGCCAAAUCACCUUACACACAAUGCUACUCACGGUUGUUAAAUGACGGUCACACGGAACGCGGUUGUUUGGCCAACAUUGAGGGUGAGGACUUCUACAACUGUUUGAAGGGCACAGAUGUAGCGAAGUGCUUAGCUUGCGUUGGUGAUGGAUGCAAUUCAGCGCUCUACCCCGCAAAUCGUUUGUCCUGCCAUAAAUGUAACUCCGCUGAAUCGCCUGAAUGUGAGAGUAAACCAGACGACUCCGGCUUGUGUUUGAAAUAUAGCGAAUUCGAACAGUGUGUCACCACCAUGGAUAAAUAUGGCUAUACAAUACGUGGUUGUAGCUCGCAAGUCAAAUGCGAUUCGGAUAUCUGUCAGAGCUGCAAUGAAGACGAUUGUAAUAGGAGCAAUAUUAAACGAAAAAUCAGCGGCCAAGCAGGACAAUGGCAGGAGCUACCGCUAACUUGUAAUGUCUGUGAUGGCAAAAGCGACUGCGCUGGCACACCAACGGAGCACGUUUGCGAAGACUACUUUGACUAUUGUAUGACAGUAUUUGACGAGGAUGGCAGUGUAGCAGCACGUGGUUGUAGCGCUGCCAUUGAGGCUGUACACGGUGCGUACUGUGAUGUGAACGCCGAUAAAUGUCAAAAUUGUAACUCGAAUAACUGUAAUACGGUCAGCGCCUUAACGGAUUAUGUCGAUUGUAUCUUUUGUGAUUCGGCCACCAAUGUUAGCUGUGUUGCACACCCUGAGAAUGUCGGUCAAUGGCGAAAAUGUAAUAAAUAUUGUAUGACAGCAUUACGUCCAAGAAAACAAAAUCCCAAUAUAUUUGAUUUGACACGUGGCUGUUUGGACGAUAAGGAACCAGCCGAUCAAUUGGUAUGCCGUGAAGGUAGCAGCGAAUGUGUGGCAUGCCAAGACGCAUCCUGUAAUACCGCAAUAUUACCAGAGAAGCGCCAAUCUUGCUACAUAUGUGAGGGUGAUGACUGCGCUACACCCGAAACGUCGGAAUGUACUGCAUACACGAAGAAUGAGCAAUGCUUCGUGUUGUUCGACACUAAAAGCGAUGUGCUGCGCAUGGGUUGUCGCAGCGAAUUGACUGCUGCAUUCAUAGAACAGAAUGAGCAUUUGUUGUUGCUAUGCGAGGAUGGCGAUAACUGCAAUUCAUUUGAGAGCUUCCCCAAACCGAUUACCUGCUUCCAGUGCGACUCGGUUGAGGAUGAGUCAUGUGCCAAUGAUCCGUCAGCAAUACAGGCAACAGCAACAUGUGCCGGUUUGCCACAUGUAGACUGCUUUGCGCGCGUACUCAGAGAUGGUACCACCCAACGUGGUUGUGUCAACACACUUAGCAAAUAUGACCUACUCGACUGUUUGAGCGGUGACGAUAGCCUCUGUCACUCUUGUAAGGAUAACCUGUGUAAUAAGGAGAUCUUCCCACCAAAUCGGCGUAGCUGUCACCGCUGCAAUUCGAAAGACGAUCCCACCUGCGAAAGCGCUCCAAACGCCGCUUCAGUAUGUCCGUACUAUGAUGAAUCUAACUAUUGUACGGUUAAAUUGGUUAAUGGUUACACCUACCGUGGUUGCAGUUCUGAGUUCCAAUGCGACGUUACAGACGCACAGUAUUGUCGCCACUGCAACUCAGACAAUUGCAAUACCGUUGACUUGAGCGCCUCCGAUAUCGGUGAGCCGGGUAAAUGGCAGGAUCUGCCAUUAACUUGCUACAGUUGUAAAGGCGAAGAAUGCCUCAACUCGGAUGGUAAACUCUCUAAAUGUGAAAACAAUAAUCUGCAAACUUGUCUGACUGUCUUUGGUUCGUGUGGUGUGGUGAGCCGCGGUUGUAGUGACGAAGUCUUGGCCACGCAAGCAGAAUACUGUGAAAACAACUCUGGCAAAUGUCUUGGCUGCAAAUCAAAUGCUUGUAAUAAUGCCACCAGUUUGGAACAAUAUGUCGAUUGUUACUCAUGUGACUCAACGAAGGACAUUCAUUGCGCUUUGGACUUUGUUGCUAAAGACAGCAAGCAACGCAAAUGUCAAGGACAUUGCGCUGUCGCAUUGUAUCCACGCAGCAGCGCAGAAAAUCCAGCCUACGAAUUGGCACGCACAUGUUUGGACGAUCUGGAGCUUGCCGAUCGUGAAAAAUGCUUGGCCGGUGAGCACGAGUUCUGUGUAGCAUGCGAGGGUGCGUUAUGCAACACCGCUGCAUUGCCGGCGAACAGACAUAAGUGCUACACAUGUGUGGAUGACGAAUGCACUGACUAUAAGGUGGCCGAGUGUAGCGCCUAUCAACCGAAUGAUCAAUGUUACAUAACUUUCGAUGAGGAGAAUAGCAUUUUGGAUAUGGGUUGUCGCAGUGACUUCGAAUCCGAUGUUGUAACGGAAUUAAUUAAACAGAAGAAACUGAAAUUGUGUGAUGGUGAGGCUUGCAAUGGACUGGACUUAAUACCCACCGCUAAAACUUGCGCGGUAUGCGAUUCCGAGAGCGAUGAACGCUGUGCGACCAACCCAAAUCUGGUGGCCGACACGGAACGUUGUACGAAUCUGCCGUACACUGAUUGCUAUACACGCGUGAAGGAGAAUGGUCAAACCGCACGUGGUUGUCUCUCCAACUUGCCCGAGGAUACCUUCUACAACUGCCUCUAUGACAACAGCACACUCUGUCAGACCUGCAUCGGUGAUAAAUGCAAUGGAUUAGACGUUUUCCCCACAGCACGUAGACAAUGCCAACAAUGUAGCUCCGAAACGGAUCCGCUUUGCAGCACAGUACCGAACAGCAACAAGGUGUGUCCGAUCUACAAGGAAAAUGAUGGUUGUGUCACCAAUUUGCGCGACGGCAUCACUACACGUGGCUGCGCGUCCAGCUUGAGUUGCGACGAUGAGAAUGACCGGAACACAUGUCGCGUUUGCACCACCAGCGGCUGUAAUACAGUGAACUUGGAGCGGGCUCAGGAACAAGGUGAACCCGGCAGAUGGCAAGAUGUGCCGAUCAAUUGUCGCACUUGUGAAGGAGAAGCGGAGUGCCAGAACUUGGGCAUCUAUCGUGUUUGCACCGGCAAUUUAUACCAAGGCUGUAUGACUGUCUUCAACACAGCCGGUAAAGUAAUACAGCGUGGUUGCAGCGACGCUGUCGAACAGAAAAAUAACGAGCUUUGCAAUGCGAACCCCGAAAACUGUUUGCGCUGCAACUCGAAUGGUUGCAAUAACGCAACACGUUUAGAGGAUUACAUUGACUGCAUUUACUGUGACGUGGAUAGCAAUGGCGACUGUUUGAACAACGUUGGUGCGGUGAAGCAAACACGUAAGUGUAACAAGUACUGCAUGACAGCGCUCUAUCCCAAAUAUGAUGAGCAAAACCCCGCCUAUGGUUUGGCUCGCACAUGCUUCGAUGAUAUGGACUAUGACGAUCGUGAGGCGUGCGCCGCAGGCAAAAAGGAACAUUGCCAUGUUUGUGCUGAGGCUAAGUGCAAUACGCAGACAGUGCCGGAGAAACGACUUAGCUGUAAUGUGUGUAAGGGUGAUGAUUGCCAGGAUCCACAGCCGCAGACAUGUGCCACAUAUCGCGAGGGUGACAAAUGUUACAUACAAUUCGAUGAGGAACGCAGCGUUAUCGCCUUCGGUUGCCGCAGCGAGUUCAGCAAUGCUGAAGCUGAUUACCAGCUACAAAAGAAACAUUUGCUCUACUGCGAUGGUGAUAAUUGCAAUACCUUCGAUGCGAUUCCACCCACGCAGAGCUGUAAGGUUUGUAACUCACGCACCGAUUUGUAUUGCGCCACCAGUCCCGUCAACGUCACAGCCAGCACUCGUUGCGCAUUAUCGCCAUACACCGAAUGUUACACACGCAUACUACAGGGUGGCCACACCGAGCGCGGUUGUCUCUCGAGCUUGUACGAUGACGAAUUCGUUGGCUGCUUAAACGGCAGCUCACCGAAUUGUCAAGCCUGCAGGGGUGACAAUUGCAAUGGUGAAUUGUAUCCAGAAGAUCGACUUUCAUGCCACAUUUGCGACUCCAACACGGAUCCGACUUGCACAAACAAACCAGACAAUGUGACCGUGUGUUCGUUGCACGUCGUCGGCGAUACCUGUGUCACAGCUUACCGUGGUGAUGUAACCUAUCGUGGCUGCAGUUCGAGCAUACGCUGUGAUGCCUCACAGCCGAGAUCAUGUUUGCCAUGCGAGGGCCCUGCUUGUAACACCAUCAAUUUGUCGCGUCGACAAGAUGAUAACUAUGGCAAAUGGCAAGAUCUGCCAUUGACUUGUCUCUCAUGCAGUGGUGCGUCGUGUGCUGCUGCCAGUAGUGUAGAGUCCGUCGUUUGUGCGAACAAUAACGAACAGGACUGCGUUACGGUAUUCGAUAGCGAUAAGGUUGUGAGACGGGGAUGUUACGAUGCGGUUGAGCAGGAAUACGGUGACUACUGUGACGAAAAUCCGGCAGCUUGUUUGAAUUGCAAGUCCAAUUCAUGCAACAAUGCAACAGCACUAACGCAAUACAACGAGUGCAUCUACUGUGACACACAAAAGAACCUGUCCUGUCUGUGGAGCCCACAAAGCGCUGCGCAGCGAACGCGUCAAUGUCAAGGUGGUUGCAUGACGGCGCUAUAUCUCUCAGAUAGUAGCAGUGAUCCCGGUUACGAACUAAUACGCACCUGCUUGGAUGAUAAGGAGGCCGCUGAUCGUGUGAAAUGCAACGAUGAGCAGUGCCAGAGUUGCGUGGGCAGCAAGUGCAAUUCUGUAGCGUUGCCGGCCGAACGUCUCAGCUGUUAUCAAUGUGAGGGUGACAAUUGCGACGAGCCCGAACUGAAAUUAUGUCCACUCUACAAGAGCGAAGACAAGUGUUUCACUUGGUUCGAUGAGUCGAACAGCAUUAGUCAAAUGGGUUGUGUGAGUUCUUUCCACGAUCAGGAAUUAACAGCGAUCAUCGCCACGAAACGUGUGCUUGUGUGCGAGGGUGACGCCUGCAAUUCGUUAGAUGCAGUACCGAGACCACAGAAGUGUGCCGUCUGUGAUUCGAGCGAGGAUUACACCUGCGCUGUGAGCGCACAAGAGAUUGCCACAUUCAACACCUGCAACGUUUAUCCGUACACCAGCUGCUACACCAAAUUGGUCAGCAACGAUGGUUCGACAACACGUGGUUGCUUGAGUGAUCUGCCAACCACAGAAUUCGUAGACUGUGUUUUGGGCAAUAAUAAGAACUGCAGUAUUUGUGUGGGAGACGGUUGUAAUCGUGAGGUUUUCCCUGAAGAUCGUCAAAAGUGCUACUCCUGUUCCAGCGAAGACGACGCUUCCUGUGAAUCGAAUCCCACAUAUCUCUUACCUUGUCCAUACGUUUCGGAGACUGAAAAAUGCAGAACCUCUUUAAGCAACAACAUUACGAUACGUGGUUGUAGCUCUGAAGUCUUGUGCGACAUUAAUGAUAAAAACUGCGUCUCUUGCAAUGGCAGCGGUUGCAAUAGCAUCGAUCUGCUGCACCGCGCCGAAAGCGAUGGCUUACAUGGCGUGUGGCAGGAGUUGCCGCUAAGAUGUCACAUAUGCGAGGGUGAACACUGUCUGCAUUCGUUGGGACCAGCCUACAAAUGCGCCGGCAAUACAGCACAAGACUGUGUGACUGUCUUCGCGGAGAAUGGUGAUGUGAAGCGACGUGGCUGCUUCGAAGAUGUCGAGAUCUAUGAGCAACGUUAUUGUCGUGAAAAUCCACACCUAUGCUUCAACUGCAAAUCGAACGAAUGUAAUGAUGCCUGGAAUAAGACCGACUAUAUUGAAUGUAAUUUCUGUAAUUCCGAAACGAACCCAUUGUGCUCAACCGAUCCACAAAACGCUAACUUCCCCAAACGCGCCUGCAACAAGGAGUGUAUGGUGGCAGUCAAGGGCUCACAGGUGAUACGUUCCUGUUUGGAUGACAAGGAGCUGUACCAUCGUCAUGAGUGUCGUGGCGAUAGCGAAGAAUGCUCCAGUUGUAACACACCCAAUUGCAAUAAUUUCGAUUAUCCCGAAAAUCACUUCAGUUGCCACGUCUGCAACGACGCUUCGUGCUUGACUAGUGUCAGUCAGCGUUGCGAGAAAGCGAUCGACAAUGAUUUCUGUUUUGCCAAAUACGAAAAUGGACGACCCGAAUUAUUGGGCUGUGCCAGUUCGCAGAGUCAAAGCGAUCUCGCAGCAUGGGAAUCGGCGAAUAAAUUGUACACAUGUCUGGAAAAGGACUGUAAUGAAAUUUCACGUUUGCCCACUGAAGGUGUACAGUGUGUGGCCUGUAAUUCAGAGCUUACGCCCGCAUGUGCACAAAACCCGGCAACCGUUGCAGCCAUCGCCUUAUGUCCAGCACCGCAAACGCAAUGUGUCACGCACUUGAAUGACGCGGGCCACACACUGCGCGGCUGUCUGAGCGAGUUGACUCAAAGUGAGCACGCGAAUUGCUUAGCUAACGGCAAAUGCACCACUUGUGAAGGAGACAAGUGUAACAAUGAGAUCUUCCCCAGCAAUCGUCGUAAGUGUCACAUCUGCCAGUCCAGGGUCAAUGAAAAUUGCUCUGCAGAUCCGAAUUACCUACAGGUCUGCCCCGUCUACUCGGCCAAUGAUCGUUGCGUGACGAAACGUAAUGAUUACACCGAGCGCGGUUGCGAGUCGCAAAUCACUUGUGACGUCAACGAUGGACAGAGAUGUAACAUUUGCGCUGGUGAUGGCUGUAAUACAGUCGAGCUGACUGGUGGUGCCACCGUGCUGUCCACAGCCAGUCUAUUGACAACAUUAGUGUUUGCUAUUGUUGCAAUGUUAGUGAUUACAUAGAUUUAAUUAAGCGAAAGGAGUCCAAUUUACAACGUAAAUGAUUAUGAAUGAACAAAGCAUGUUAACUACUUACUUACGUAACGAUUUAGCAUAAACAUAACGGUUUGUAUAUACUUAGAGUAAAGGAAGAAAGCAAUAACACAAUGUGCUAGAUAAUGUGUAUAAAUAAAAAUAAUAUUUUGCUUUUGUAUAACUGAAAUACUAUGCAAUAACGUGUCUAUAUACUUCGUAUAGAAUCACGCACUCAUUAAUUGAACGCUAAUAAAUGUACUUAGUAUACAUUUUUAUAUAGACAUAUGUAUAUAAAAUUUAUUCGCUUACAUUGUACAUUACAUGUUUGUGUGAAUUUUAGUUAACGAAAG